AUGUCCGGCUCGGCCCUAUCGCCCUGGGCGCUCGUGCCCGAUCCCGCCCGCUUCGCCGCCCAGGUGGCCUUGCACGCCGACUGCUCGCCCGAGCUGCCCCACGCCGCCCUGCUGCAGUGCCUGCGCGACCGCCCGGUCGACGUGCUGCUGGCCACGCCCAUUCUGCACCGGCCGGACUUCGCAUUCGCCUUCGGGCCGAGCGUCGAUGGGGUGGUGAUCGAUACUGGGGAACCGCCAAGUGAGUAG